AUGUCCCCCGGACGAGUUCCUCGCUGCGCCAAAACCGCACAGACCACGCCGCUCCACAUUCCUGCUCAAGCUAUCAACCAAAAAGAUUCUACCGUUCACGACCUUGGUUUUUCGGCUGAUGGAAACCAGGCCCUGUUGCGUAUCUCCGCCUCGACCUUGCCAACCGCAAUAUCACCAGAACUUGGAAGAAAGGAUAGCAUUGAACGACGGGGUGUAAUUCCGGGCUGGGAUUGGUUAGAUGACCUCUUCGGAAAAUCAAAACCAAAGGGCGGGCAGACCACCGAAAAUGGGGUCAAAAAGUUCAAGGGUUGUCAGCCGUUAACUCUGAUAUUCGCCCGGGGCACGGACGAAGUCGGGAAUAUGGGAGAAAUAGUCGGUCCUUCUCUAGCAACCGCAUUGAGAACCCUUCUGAAAGGAAAGGUCACUGUCCAAGGAGUCGAUUACCCUGCCUCUCUUCUAGGAAACUUGGACUUCGGGGAAGAUGGUGGAAAAACCAUGGUUGACCUCGUCAACCAGUCGCUGUCGCAAUGCCCUAAUAGUAAGGUAGUCCUUGCUGGAUACUCUCAGGGAGCUUCAGUGAUCCAUAAUGCCUCUAUUGAUCUCUGGGAUGCUCAAAUAGCGAGAGUAGUGCUCUUUGGUGACCCGCUCCGUGGCCUUCCCCUCGUAGCUAUUGCCAAAGAUAAGGUGAUGGAGAUAUGCGCAAAAGGAGAUCCUAUAUGCCGAGGCGGUUUAGAUAUCACCGCUCAUUUGUCAUAUGCAGCGGAUGCGAAUAGCGCUGCUUCAUUCCUUGCAGAAGCCGUAACAGGGAAACAUUGA